AUGAGGGUCACAGAACUGAAUGAGCCGUUGUCCAACGAAGACCGCAACCUGCUCUCUGUGGCCUACAAGAACGUUGUUGGGGCCCGGCGGUCAUCUUGGCGAGUUGUUUCUAGUAUAGAGCAGAAGACGGCGGCGGAUGGCAACGAGAAGAAAUUGGAACUGGUGCGUGUUUACCGAGAGACCAUCGAGAAGGAGCUGGAGUCGGUGUGCCAAGACGUUCUCACCCUGCUGGACCAGUACCUCAUCAAGAACUGUGACGAAACCCAGCUGGAGAGCAAGGUCUUCUACCUGAAGAUGAAGGGCGACUACUACCGGUACCUGGCCGAGGUGGCCACCGGCGAAAAGAGGGCCUCUGCCGUCGAAUCGUCCGAAGGCGCCUACAAAGAGGCUUUCGAUAUUAGCAAGAGCAUGCCGGCCACCCAUCCCAUCCGCCUCGGCCUGGCACUCAACUUUUCCGUCUUCUACUACGAGAUCCAAAACGCGCCCGAGCAGGCCUGCCAGCUUGCCAAGGAAGCCUUCGAUGAUGCCAUCGGCCACCUGGACAAUCUGAACGAGGACUCCUAUAAGGACUCCACGCUCAUCAUGCAGCUCCUGCGGGACAACCUCACCCUGUGGACCAGCGACCAGCAGGACAGCGAAGGAGGAGAUGCCAAUAACUGAGAGAUCAGCCACUACUAGCUGUAGUAGCACCCGUCUAUCCCUUCUACACUGUCUUCUUUGAACCUGUAUCUUAUUUCUCUCUGUCUGCUCCUUCAUUCUCCCUCUCUCUCCUCCAUUCCAUCUUUCCUGUCUCUUUGUGACACCUCAAUGCUCUUCUUUGGUUC